AUGACCAGGAAUAGUACAAAGGAUUAUGAUUUAAGACUAGCAACUUGGAAUAUACAAACAUUACUACAAGCAGGAAAGAUGCAAGAAAUUGCUAGAGAAACAUUAAAAUAUGGCAUCGAUAUAUUAGCUCUCCAAGAAGUAAGGUGGCAAGGGAAUGGAACAAUUAAAAAAAGCCAAUAUACCUUCCACUAUAGUGGCCAUACAAGAAGAACCGGUUUAUACGGCACUGGGUUUAUUGUUAACAACAGAAUUCAGAAAUGCAUUCUGGGGUUUACUCCAAUCAACGAAAGAAUGAGUUGUAUAAGAAUAAAAGGUAAAUUUAACAAUAUAUCAAUUAUAUCAGCCUAUGCACCAACUGAAAAUGCCGACGAAGAAGAAAAGGAAAACUUUUAUGAAAAUCUCAGUAAUUUAUGCGAAACAAUGAGUAGUUACGACACACUGAUACUCAUGGGUGAUUUUAACGCUAAGAUUGGAAGAGAAGAUCAUAUUCAAAAAAUAGCUGGUAGGUUCUCGCUUCAUCAAUCGUCAAAUGAUAAUGGUAUGCGCUUAUGCCAGUUCGCCGAAGAGCAUCAACUCAGAAUAAAAAGUACAUCUUUUCAGCGAAAAGAUAUAUAUAAAGGUACAUGGAGAAUACCUGGCACAAACUCUACAAAUCAAAUUGAUCAUGUACUCAUAUCAAGCAGAUGGAGCUCUUCUAUAAUAAAUGUCAGAAGCUACCGUGGUGCGAACGCUGACAGCGAUCACUAUCUCGUUGGCGCAGCUUUACGACAACGAAUAGCAAACGUAGCGAAAAAACGAGGUGCAAAAAGAACUAAGUGGGAUAGUGAUAAACUAAAGGAUAACAACAUACUACAAGAAUACCAAAACACGAUAUAUUUACAACUUCAUACGCUCGAGGGACACAAUCAAACCAUCGACGAGGAGUGGAACGAAAUAGAAAAUAGUAUUAUCUCUGCUGCGAGAGAAGUAAUCGAAGAGGAACAAAGACGCAACAAUGCGAGAAACUUUUACGAAAACAUAAGAAAAGAAAUUCAUGGAUACCAACCUAGAUUAAGUGCAUGCAAAGACAAAAAUAAUAACAUAGUAACUGAAGACGAAAGCAUAAUGAACCGAUGGAAAGAAUAUUAUAAAGAAAUGUUAUACGUACAGAAUGAAAUAGCAAAUGAUGAAAACGAUCCCCUAAUAUACACAGUAGAACCAGAAACACCAGCACCAUCCAUAGACGAGGUGCGAAGUGCUAUAAGCAAGCUUAAGAACAACAAGGCACCAGGGGAAGACAAAAUUACGGCAGAAUUACUGAAAAAUGGCGGAGAGUCGCUCUCCCAUAAAUUAUUAUACAUAAUAUGUAAAAUUUGGAACGACGAAAUCAUGCCGUAUAAGUGGAAUAUAGGAGAGUAUCAGUGUGGAUUCAGGUGUCAAAGAUCUACAAUUGAUCAAAUUUUCCUAAUGAAACAAAUUAUGGAAAAAAGCUAUGAGUACAAUGUAGACCUACACAUUAUAUUUAUCGAUUUUAAACAAGCUUUUGAUAGUAUUGACAGAACGAAAAUCUCAACGGCCCUGGCAUUCCUAGGUGUACCAAAAAAACUGAUCAAUUUAAUAAACAUGACAAUGAAGUUUUCUACGAGCAAAGUUUUGAUACAAGGUGCAAUAUCGGAAUCAUUCCAAAUAAAUAGUGGUGUACGACAAGGGGAUGCACUUUCCGCUUUAAUCUUUAAUAUGGUUUUACACUAUGCAAUUAGAGACAUUGACAAAGGAGGCAACAUUUUUGUCAGGUCUCAUAAAAUACUGGCAUAUGCAGAUGAUUUAGCAAUCAUUGGCAAAAAUUACAAUAUAAUGGCGCAGGUAUUUAAAGAGCUAAAAGCAGAAGUAAUAAAAGUUGGUAUGCAUAUAAAUGAAACAAAGACGAAAUAUCUUAAAUUGUCAAGAAAUGAGCGACGACGGCAACCUGAGAAUAUAAAAAUUGACGAGUUGGAAAUUCAGGGAAUCGAAAAAUUUAAAUAUCUUGGUGUUCUAUUGUGCAAUGAUAACAGUAUGCGAAAUUGCAUACAAGAAAGGCUUCAGGCGGGUAACAGAUGUUACUAUGCACACAAAAAACUAAUGAAGUCAAAUCUGCUAUCGAGAAAAACGAAAUAUAACGUUUACAAAACGCUCAUUCGACCAGUAAUAACAUAUGGCUGUGAGACGUGGUCCUUAACAUCAAAUGACGAAAACUAUCUUCUCAGAUUUGAAAGAAAAAUAUUACGACAAAUAUAUGGACCAAUUAGACUAAGCAAUAAUGAGUACAGAAGAAGAUUUAACGAUGAAUUAUAUGCACUUACACAGAACGAAGACAUAGUAAAGUUUAUAAAAUCCCAACGAUUAAGAUGGGCCGGACAUGUCAUAAGAAUGCCCGAAAACAGAGAUCAAAUACAAAUACUAAAUGCAAGAACACUGCUAACAAGAGCAAGAGGACGACCAAGAAAUAGAUGGUUAGAUGACAUAGAAUUCGAUGCGAGAAAAUUAGAAAUUAUAAACUGGAGGACGACUGCAAGAGAUAGACCAAAUUGGAGGGAAAUAGUGAAGAAGGCUAAAGGUCAUCAAGGGCUAUACUUUAAUAUUAACGCAAAUAGCUAG